ACAAGAUUCUAUUCAAGAACCAUAAAAAUGUCAGUAAAUGUACUGAAGCUAAAUUAAUAAUGGUGUUGGGAAAUUCAUGGGUGUCUGAAAAUUGAAGCACCUCAGAUUUCCACUUUAAGAGUCAUGUAUUCUCAGGUAGUCCCUCAGGUGGAGGAAAACUUGCUUCCACUCCAGAUCUUUGAGUUGGUUGACUAGGCCAACCUAGGGUCCGGAGAAUCUGCCACAGAUGCUCGACGGGGCUGGUGGGCGGGGAAGUUUGGGAGGUGGACGCUGGGUUUGCGUGUAUCGUCCCGAUGAAAGGCCUGGAGGUGCUCCAUACCAUCCCGGGGUCCAGGGAUUCCCUCGAUCGGUGAAGAUGUGACAUGUCUUUCAACGAGGCUCUGAAUGUUACCGUUCACCUGGUAAUCUCAUGGUUUGGGGGAGCCGAGAUGAUCCGUUUUGGUUGCCCGGUUGCCGGGCACACCAACGACCAGAGCCAAUCAGCGCCUCAAACUGGUCGAUCGCCAGCCCGGGGCUUUCUUCACGUGACCCGAUGCCUGGCCCCGCCCCUGCGGUUUCAGCGUGACGUCACCGUGACCCCGCCCCUCGGCCUCGAGGUCAUGUCGUUCCCUUGGCCGGAGGUCGGGUGAGGGAGCCAAUGGUGUCAUCGUAAGUUACAACAACAACAACAACAACAAUGCCGAAAAAGAAGAAGAAUAUUACUGUGUCCAGCCCAGCUCGGCCGCCUGGAUGUGGUCCACCGCCCAGCACCUCGGCGGCGGCUCCGGCUGCAGUUGAUCGGGCCCCAGUUCCUUCUCGGGCCUCGGCCUCCAGUUCGAUGGCUGCCGUAGCCGGCGCCAUGGGUUCCGGGGUGAACAAGGAGGAGCUGCUGGACCGGAUGACGGAGAUGUUUUCGCAUCUGGACCCGAGCGUCGUCUAUGUGGUGCUGUCUGAAUGUGACUUUAAAGCUGAUGAUGCAAUGGAUUCUUUAUUGGUACUAUCUGAUGCAGCUAAAGGAGUGAAAUCUUCUUGCUCCUCUGGGUUUGAAUGUGUGGCAGCUGCCCUGAGUGAUCAAGUUAAUGGUGACAACGAGGUAGUCAUGGAAGACUAUGGAAGUAAUUCAGUUGCUGCUUCUGAAAGUUUUAGAUGGGAUGAAAAAUUGGACCCUUCAAUUGAAAUUGAACUGGAGAAAUAUUGCAUGAACACACAUUAUGAACAAGGCACGUCUUUUCCUCAGUACCAUCCAUUUAUGAACCGAUAUAACUCUCCUAUUAACCAGUUUCCUAGUCACUAUGUUGGUGACCAGUUGCCUCAGCUAAUUCAAGCAAAUUUGAACUCUGCUGAUGGGACACAUUAUUCAGAGCAACAAACAGGUUCAGAUGCCAGCUCACCCCUCAGACACUUGUGUACCUUGAAUUCAAAAGAUUGUGAAGAAAAUUUGAGCCUUCAUUUUAAUAGUGAAAACAAUAUAGUUGAGAAAAGAUCAGAAGUUCAGUCAGAAUAUGAUAAGUUCUCUUCGGAAGCUAUUGAAAGGCCCAGCAAAAAUCCUUCCAUUGAGCAUGGAACUGUGACGGUUGCAUUUCCGACUAAUAUAAGGACAGAUGGUGCAGAUAUAUGGACAAAUCAAAGCGAAAGUCAUGGCCUGUCAGCAGCCAUUUCUAUGAAUAUUGGUGCUAUUGGCUCAAAGAAGUAUGGUGGCUCAGAACAACUUAGUCCAAAGUAUGACACACUUCCAAAUGCAGUGAACCACCAACUUCAACAUUUGCAAAGCAGUGAUAUUUCUGAUAAAGCAGUAGGAAGAUUUUCUGGUGCAGAUGGAAAUGAAAUGUGGUUUGGAUCAAAAAGAGAGAGAACAUCUUCAGAAAACUACAAAUUAUUUGGAGAACCUCAAGCAUUUAAAGGAACAAAUGAAUUGCUUCAGAAAAAUGUCUCUCUCUCGAAGAAGUCAUUGAAAGAUGAAGAGAAUGUUUCAAAAAAUAUGCAACAAAAUACAACAUGUUUUCCUUAUUGGUUUGAUAUAGGGAAAGACAGCAGUGGUGAAAAUCUCCCAAAAUUAACAAACAGUGAGGAAGCAAGUUAUCCUCAGUAUUCCAACAGUGUACAUUUUACAAAUAUUCCAACCAUGUCUCCAGUCUCAUGGAAUCCAUGGGCUCCUGAGUUCCAGCCAAUGAGUAUGGCAAAAACCUUCAUCACACCUGUGGCAAUGAGUCCUGUGAAACCAAGGCUUAGUGAUACUUCACCAUGGAAACGUGCUGGACCUGUGUCCAGUCCUGAUACACAUCAUCCAGUUACAAGUUCAGGUUCCAAUAGUUUGCUUUCAAAACCACGCUUAAAUCCACAUGGCGUACAACAAUCACAGACUUAUGAGCAUUCGUUUCCACAGCUCAUGAACAGAAAAACAAUGGUUACACCAAAGGUGUUGUUUUUGAUGAGGGGUCUGCCUGGAUCAGGAAAAAGUACUCUAGCCAGAACGCUUGUUCAACAGGGUCCUAACGGAAUAAUUUUAAGCACAGAUGAAUAUUUUUAUCGAUAUGGGCACUACCAGUUUAAUCCCAAUUUGAUUGGAGAAGCUCAUCAGUGGAACCAAAAGAGAGCCAAAGAAGCCAUGGAGAAGGGUUUAUCUCCAGUUAUAAUAGAUAACACAAAUACACAGUCUUGGGAGAUGAAACCAUACAUUUCUAUGGCUUUUAAAUACAAUUAUAAAGUUGCAUUUCGUGAACCAAAUACUUGGUGGAAGUUUAAACCACGUGAGCUUGAACGACGGAAUGUUCAUGGUGUGUCAAAAGAAAAAAUAAAAACAAUUUUAGACCAUUAUGAGCGUCAUGUGACGAUUAACACUGUAAUGACUUCAUCACAACCUACCUUCCCGGAAAAAAAAGCCAUAGAGCUGUAUCCUGCUGAAAGUGCCGAAGCUGGCAUAAUAAAUGGAGCAACAGGACCAGCAACUUCUCCAAACCGCCAAGGUUCACCUUGCACCCUGAUACCAGUUUUAACUUGUGCAGAAGAUUGGUCAGCUAUCAAAACAAAUAUAGCAUCAUCUGAUAACUUAGAACAAUGUUUACCGUCAUCUGCAAAUUUUCCCAGUGAAAGUAGAAAAUGUGAGACUGGACACGACACUGGUAGUGGUACAAAAUAUUCAGAAUUUAUAAGUGGUGAUAAUGUACAAAAAACAGAUCAGAUGUCUGGAUCAGAUGACAGCAAUUAUAAUUUCUCAUCUCAUUCUGAAACAGAAGAUGGGAAAAGGAAACUAACAGUGGCAACAGUUGAAUCUGAGGCUGAAGCAACAGAAAGUGCCAACCAACAGGACACUGAUGAUUUAACACUUGAUAAUUUACCAACUGCAUUUAGUACAUCUAUUGAUCAAAAAAUCGGAAAGGAAAGUCAGAACUGGCAGAGUGCUGAGAGUACAAGUAAUGAAAGAGUAGGAACAGCAAAACUGCCAGUUGAAGGGAACCCCUCAGGAGAAAGCACCUCAACUAAGGAGGAGUCAAAGGUUCUAGAGAAGUCCAGCAAUUUUGAAUCCUCAUCUUUAAAUUUUGUUGGAGAUUGGCCAGUUAUAGAAACACUGAAACCUCAAGAUCAGAGAAAAAGACGAAUCAGGAAGGUAUCAGAACUAAGUAUCUCAAAUAAAGACAAUGUAAAUCAAUCCAGUAAUUUGGAGUCUGUCAUUCCAAAUGAUUCAUUAAAAAAAGAUACUCUCAGUUUCAUUGAGCAGGAGAAUGUAGAAACCUCAAAUGAAUCAAAUGGUUCACAGGUUUCAGUGGAUUGUUCUGAUGAUGAUAUGCUGUUUUCACCUGUUGAAAACUUAACUCUGGAAAGCAUUUAUGAAAAUGGUGAGGAUCCUAAAAAUCCAGAAACUUCUGAAGUUCAAAUUUCAGAAGCAUUGUCUGAAAAGCACAUAAAUAAAAAAUCUUGGCAGAACAGAAGAAUGGGAAAAGCAUGCAAAUUGGCAUUAACAUUCACGAGUAGCAGCCCCAUCGUGGAAGAAUUUCUUGAGCCUGUGCCAUUAACUUCUGAUCAAGUGGAAAACACUGUUGCAAUUCCAGAGAAAUCAACACAGGCCAACUCAACUCAAACAGCACCUGAUGAUUUUGCUGUGUUAUGGAGAAUUGAGAAAGAAAAUACCAGUUUUGUUGAAGUUAAAAUAUUGACAGGAACUUUAAAUGGAAUUAAACCAACUGAUUUAGAUGCAAUACCAAAAUCCAUAAAUCCUAAUGUAUCAGUGCCCUACAGAGUGACGCAUGACAAAAGCACGUACGUAGAUGAAAAUGACUUUGCGAAUCGUGAAGAGAACCUACAGAUACUCAGUGAUUGUUUUAAGUGUAUUCCUUUUGAAGAUUUGAAUGAUUUAUAUGAGAAAUGCAACAAAGAUGUAGAAUGGACAACCAAUUUAUUGCUCGACUCUGGUAUGAAGCUUUCAAAUGAAAGUCCGAUAAAUAAUCAGUCAGGUUUAGACCAUGAUCUUAACAGCAGCAGUGUUGCAGAAAAGAACGAAGUGCCUCAAACAAAGAAAAUAGAUUUGAGUGAAGAGUCACAUGACAGAUCUGCAUGCGAAACAAAUCAGUUGUCCAGUGCCGAUAAGAAGGUUACAGACGUAUCUGGUCAAUCAUCAGAGACAAAUGCAGAAAAUGACACUCUGGAAUGGGUACAGUCUUGCCUUGACCUUGAAACCAUAAACCCAUUACCUGACAAUACUAGAGAACCUGUACUUGUAGAUGAAGAGUUGAAAAGUCCAAAUGAUGUAUUAGGUAAUUCCAGACUGACAUUUAACAUUGGUUGUGAACAGUUUACCAAUUCUAGUAAGGAAUAUAAUGUCGGAGAGAAACAGAGUGAAUCAAUGUUCAAGAAGAAUUUGGUAAACAAUGAAGUCUUGUGCAUGAAAGAUGACAUAUCUGUAACUUCAAAUGAAAACAAUAUAAAAGAAACAAACAACAUUUCUGAGUGUACAGAUAUAAACGAGACAACUCCAAUGUCGACACCAGAAGCAGAUAGCGUUACAGAAGAUCAGCCCAACUCUGAUGUAGGAAAAAUCUCUUCACAAGAGGAAAAUGGAAAAGAAGUGAAGACCAUCAAAGAUGGAAACACGAAUCAGGAUGGUUUAGGGUUGUACUCUGAUCCAAUGCAGAUUCAGUCUUUAGAACUGAGUUUGCCACCAGAAUUGGCAAUUCAACUUAAUGAUCUGUUUGGAUCAGUAGGUCUUGAUCCAGAUUCUUUGACUCCAGAAGAAUGUGUCGUACAGAUAGAUUUGAAUUUGGCAAAAAUUAUUCAUCAGAAGUGGAAGGAGACCAUAUUGGAGCGAAAAAAGGAAGAAUCUCUGUCCUAUCAACUCCUGUUGGAAGGUGGCAACUUAUCUGAAAAUUUAACAUGGAAGCUUGAGGGUGAAUUGGAGGAGGAAGAGCCGUAUGUUUCUUCUCCUCUGAAGUAUGAUAACAAACAGCCAAAGACGAAGUCCAGAAGGAAGGUAGUCCCUUUAUCUGCUUCAUUGACUGCAAAGACUGACGGAGUGGAAGGUUUUCCGUUUAUGGAUCAUUGGAGUGCUCAGGUUCCUAGUGUGUCAUUACGGGAUAUCAUGUCUGAGGAGAUGGAUUUUGAGACAAAGCAACACCAGUCUUUCAUGAAUUCUGUCCUGUCCACAAAGGAUUGUGCAACUAAACUGAAGGAAAAACGCCUCCUUGAGAUGUUUCCAGGCAUUGAUAAGCACUUCAUUAUGGAUAUGUAUAAAGACAACAACUAUUCCUUCGAACAGACAAGACAGUUUUUGAAGUCAUUAUUUGACUGUGAUUUAGAAUCAACAAAGGCCAUCAAAGUUCAUGAAGGUACUCAUCAAACUGAAUUGACUGUGAGCAAAAAUAAAGAUAAGGCAGUAAUGACCAAAGACAUUAAGGAAUCUCGAAGUGAGCAUGUUUUCCAAGAUGUAGAAUACCCCGAUUAUGAAGAUUUUCGGGUUGAAGCAGCUCUGCAUCGUCGCAAGCAGCAAGAUUGCUUCAGUAAGGCCGCAGCAGCUCAUGGAAGGAAUAUGAAAGCAGUUGCCACCUAUUAUGCACAGCAGGGUCAUCUUCAUGGUGAAAAGAUGAAAGAAGCCAACCACAGAGCUGCUAUAAAAAUUUUUAAGCAAGUAAAUGCAUCAUUACUUCCACAAAAUGUUUUAGACCUUCAUGGCCUUCAUGUAGAUGAAGCCCUGCAAUGCCUGGAGGAAGUGCUAUUCCAGAAGAUUAAUGAAUACCAGCAAAGAGGUGGUAAAUCUUACCUGUCUGUCAUAACUGGGAGGGGACGUCACAGCCAAGGAGGUGUAGCACGUAUUAAACCUGUUGUUAUUGACUACCUCAAACGCCAGAAUUUCAGGUUUAUGGAGCCACAGCAAGGUGUUGUGAAAAUCAAGUUGAAGUGAAGGAUUUGACAGGAAGAUUCCUUCCUAAUUCUAAGAGUAUGCAACUGUCUCACUUAGCCUUGCAGCAUUGGUGUACUGUAUCAAACAUUUAAGGAUACAGUACCUUUUUAAUAUGGCAUCACUCAGGGAGGUCGUACAAGACUAAAGACCGAGAAACGUUUAAAAUCAACCUGCAGCAAAAUCUUUAAAAUUAUUGUUUUCUUAUUCUUAGGGAUAUCAAUUUGACUCCUACUGGAGUAGGAGCGUCUUUUACACUGAAGGUGGUGUUCUGAUAAAUGUACUGACUGUAUUCAAUUCAAUAUUUUCAAUAUUUGUUUUCAUUGUCUUGAUCUCUAUUUCUGUUUGUGAUGAUUUGAAAUGUCUGCAUACAAGGAUAGCAGCUGCCUGUUCUGAAAUAUUUUGGGGCUGUAAAAUUGAGAGCAAUUUACUUUAUUGCUAAUUGCUUUAACCUGCAUGCUGUGGCUAAAAAUGAUUUACCUUAGAACAUAAGAAAUAGGAGCAGGAGAAGGCAUCUGGCCCUUUGAACCUGUUCUGCCAUACAUGAAGUUGCCCAACUGCAAAAUAUCUUUUGUUGACAUGGAGUAAAACCAAAUGGAUCAAAAGUUUGUGCAAUUGUGUGCAAAUUCAGAGUAUUUUUAAGGAAUCAGAAACUUAAGUUUUAACCUUUGUAAGCUUUUAACAAAGAAUAAGUUUGUAAAUGUGACACCUAAGACUUAACUAUAAAAUUCUUCACACUGCUUAUAUUUGCUAUAACUGUUGUAAAUCAAUAAAAUACAUUUUUAGUUUAAAGGCUGGUACAGUAAUAGCUGAGGUGGGGGAUGGGUUAGGAUGGGUGAUAAAGUGUUUAGUCAAGAAAAGGAAUUUGCAUUGGGCUGCUCUGCUUGAUGUUACUUUUCAUCCUAUAAAACUAGAUAAUGAAAAGUUCUAAUGCAAUAAAGAAGAUACCUCUGGGACUAGCACUACUUGGGGUUCUGCACUACUAACCUGUGAAUUAAUGUUGUAACCUCUACAAAAGACAGUAUUUACGAAAACCUUUCACUUUAUCCAUUAGGAUUUUUAAAAAGGCUAAUUAAAGUUUGAAUUUUAA